CAAACUCGUCGAGGUUGAAUAAACGCUGAGUAUAUGUCUCAGUGUCCACAGUGGAAAAGAUUUACCAAGUUAUGCUCUGAGAUGAAGUCUUGGACAGUUUUCGAUACUUUUUCUGUGUUUCUGCUUCCACCUCUUCCACUCCCGCUUGAAUUUCUCAACUGCGGUUUGUAUGGUCUGGGCUAGCGGGAGAGAUGAUCCGUCUAAAAUACUUCUAUGAUUUGGUUUCCAGUAAAGCGGUGUUGAUUACGCGUACAAAGCGAAGAUUCGUUCUACUGUUGGCAGGUGCCUUGAUAAUAGCGUGUGUACAAUUGCUGUAUUCUCAUUUCCACUCUACAAUACUGAGCGAAAGCCGUAUACGCGCUGAUGCAACGUUGAGAACACACUACCCCAACCCAUAUUUCGAGACGGAGGAUGGGUUCAAAGUCAUUGCUGAGCAUAAGGGGAAACAUACGUCCCUCGAAGGUGAUGUUCAUACUAUUCUGGAUUACACUGAGGAGGAGUACUAUCUGAAUGACGAGUACCCAGAAUUCAUGAACAAGGAACGUUUAGACGCUGAACUGAAUAGGCAGUCAACGUUCAAGAAGUUUGUCUCUGAGCUGUUAGAGAACAUCCUCAGCUCAAAACCUAGCAUCGAGGCGAUAAACAACUCGAACCACUACAAUGCGUCCAACGUAUACCAGAAAACAAGAAUGCAUAAGAUGCCGACACUUUUAGGGAAACUGCGUGAGAAUAAUGGGGUUGAUCCAAUAAGAAGUAAAGAAUACCUUAGAAGUUAUAUGCAGCUCAGUGAAGAUGAGAUGGCACAGAUGAAGG